AUGACCGACGUCGCCGCCGCCGCCGCCGUCAUUGCGUCACGCAGGUAUGCCCCGCCCCCGGCGCCAAGCCACGCCCCCCCGGCCCCGGCACAGGGCUCUGUGGGGGUCUCCCUUUGUCCCCGCCCCCUUUGCCCCCGCCCCAUUGUCCCGCCCCUUUGUGCCGCCCCAUUCCCGGCGCCGAGCGAUGGCCGCGCAUCGCGUGGGGCGACGGCAGGGCCGGGGCGGGGGGUCCCCGGGGGGGGAUCCCUCGGAGGGGGCUCCCCCGGGCGCCCCCCGCCCGCCGCCCGCAGCCCCGCGCUGCAGCGGCGCCCGGCCCGGGCCACGGUGAAGUACAACCGGCGGAGCUGCAGCGGCGGCUCGACACCGAGAGCUGGAUCGACGGCGCGGCUGCAGGAGCUCUACCGGGGCCGGGAGGAGGAGAUGCCGGACGAGGUGAACAUCGACGAGCUCCUGGAGCUGGAGACGGACGAGGAACGGGCCCAGAAGCUGCAGCUCAUCCUCAAGUCGUGCAGCGCCGACCCCGAGGACUUCAUCCAACAGCUCCUGGUGCAGCUCAAGGGGCUCCCGAAGCAGCAGCUCCUGCAGCAACCCAGCCCCGAGGACCCCCCCCCGUAACCGCGGGUGGGGGGCACCCAUGCGGACCCCCCCCCCCCCAGCACCCACUGGGCUGUAUUUAACCCCCUCCAAUAAACCCUCAUUGUGCCG